AUGCGAAGCUUAUUGAACACAUUUAUUCAACAUUUAAAUGAUGGUGAAUGUGACAUAAAUGAGCUAAUUUCUAAUGGAACAAUUGAGCAGUCCGCAAAGGGUUAUUUUGUGGCUAGAGGGAUGAUAGAAUAUUUUCAAGAACAAGAAGUAUUUAUAUCAAAGAAUGAUUUUGAUAAUGAGAAAUUUCCACGCCAUGGUAUUACUGAUGCAUUUGAUUAUUCGGCCCAAAAAUACAAAAAUGACAAGGUUUAUAACUCUAGAAGUCUAUAUAGAUUUGUGCCAGUUCCAUUUGAAAAUCAAUUGUAUUGGGAUAACAAUCUUGAAGGCAGAACUAAUCAUAUUGAUUAUUUUUCAGAUAUAUACAAAAAGUUUGAUGAAUGCAUAAUAAAGAUCUACGAUUUUACAGUAGAAUUGCCACAAUACAUUUGCUCAAUUGAAGUUGAGUCCAGAGAAAUUUUUUCUAAAUACAUAAAUAGUUAUGCAAAUAAAUCAAAUAUUAAUAAACAAGGAAACAAAAACGAUAUAAAAAUUAAUGAACUUGUAGAAGUAUUAACUACAGUUGAACUUGAAAAUUUAAACAGUUCUGAUUACAUGUCUGGAAUGGAAGAGAAAUUGGAUGGUAAUAACUUAAAAACAUUUAUUUCAAAUACUCAAAGAAGACUUGUGCUUCACGUGAUUUCAUUUAAACGUAUAUCAAAUUAUUCCCCUAUUUUUUGCCCAGAGAUAGGCUAUGAUGGGUUCCUCGGGGAAUCUUAUUCUCCACUGAAAACUUGUGAAUUUCUUGGAAGAUUAGUUGAAAAUAAAUAUCCGAGCUUAAGUGGCAUUCCAGAAUUAUAUAAUAUUUCUGUUCAAUACAUUUCUAAUGAAAUAUGUAAUGGUAAUAACUUAUUAUCCGAGUACAUUUUGAUGUGUAUAUGUAGUAGACAAAAGUUAAAAUUUGAGGCAGAUACUGAAAAUACGCAAAAUUGUAUAACAAAUCCACCUCAAAUUGUGUUACAUAUAACUAUGUGUAAUAAGGAGUUUGUUGAAAAACUAAAAUCAUUUUUGUUAAACCAUUUUCCAAGAUUACUUUGGAUAAAUGCCAAUACUUCAAACCUAAAUUAUGGACGUUUAACACCAUAUUUUGAUUCUGAGAAUGACUGUUUUGUUACAGGAACUCUUCAAAUUCCACUUUUAAGAAAUUUAAUUGUUUUGGAUGAAACUUCCCUUGAAGAAGGAGAAUUAUCUGAAAAAGGCUUAGAGAAUAUCUCAAAUAUCUCACUGCUGACUAAUUAUGGAUAUGUAAAUUAUGGUUUUACAAAUUACAAAAUUCCAAUGAAAACCGAAUCAAAUUACAUAAUUCUAACUAGUAAUAAGAAAAGCAUUUUCACAAGUACAAGUAGUAUUUCAAUUUGUAUGGACUCUAAAGAUUUUGAAGCAAAUACUGAUUGUCUCAAUCCUCAGAACAAAUUUGGAAUCGAGACUUCCCAUUUCUCUAAAUUUAACUUUUCAUCUAUCUUAAAGUUGUAUAUUUCGAUUGUAGGUAGUUGUGUUGAGAUGUUAGAUUUUGAUAAGCAAACACAAGAUUAUAUUGUGGAGGAGUUUGUAAAUAUUAGGCAAAGAUCAAAUCUCAGCAGUUUGGUUCAUGCAAGUACAUUACAUACUUGGAUUAUGCUAGCAAGGACCCAAGCUUUAAUGAAUGGUGAGGAAAAGCUUUCAAAGCAUAGAUUCGAGAAAUUUUUUAGGUUGGAACUUGAAAGAUUAGAAAAUUUAUCUAACAAAAGAAAAAAUACUAUCUUGAAUUAA